UAAUUGAAGUAAAGCUUAGUCAGAGUUCAUGGUUAGUUGAUGUUGUAAAUAAAAUUCAAACAGUAUUUAAUCAACAAGCAGAAAGAGCAAUAGUUAGUAAAUAUAAAAAUGAAAUACCAACAAAAGGAAUGCCUAAUAUAAUGAAGGAAUACUUUCCUGAAUUAAAUAAGCUAUUGCAUGAUUAUCUUUCUCUACAAAUAUUUCAAAAACAACAUGACCAGAUAUCACAAUCACUUUGCUAUGAUAAAAAGCUGCAUAAAAUUAGUGCAAACAAAUUGGACCAACUUCCUUCUCAACUAUUACAAUUCAAUCAUCUUGUAAAUAUCAGAAAGACAACUCAUAUUGUGCAAAAACAAAAUCCUAAACAAAAAUACAGUUUCAGAAUAGGCUAUGCGAAAAAAGCACUUAACUAUGCAGUCCAGAUCAAUAAAGUUGAUAAAUUCAUUAAUUACUUAGAAAAGUUUAUUAAAAUAAUGAAAAGUGAUUUAGAAAGACAACAAGAAAAUAUUAAUGAUGAUGAAUAUUUAGAUAUUGAUGAUCCAAUAUAUGUAAGGCACAAAGGGUGCCAACCAAACCAUUAUAAAUCAGAAGGUGAAGGAUCAUCAAAAAAAAAAAUAAGAAUUCUUCAUGACAAUAUGGCUAAUCAGAUUUUAAAUAACAAUAAUAGCAAUAAUGAGUUGAAUCAAAAUGUUAGCAAUAGCAAUCCAAAAUGUGUUAGACACUGUUAUAAAUGUAAACAAGCAGGCCAUUAUGCUUCAACAUAUCUGAAUUUGUAA